CAAUGGAACAGGCAGUAGUACUAGAGUAUCCAGAAAUACAACAUCUUUUUUGUAUUUGGCAUGUUAAAAAAAAUAUAAAAAAGAUAUUGCGUAGUAAGUUAGGGGGUUCAUUUGAUGAGUUUUACAGUAAAUUUUGGCAAUACAGAAAUGCAGAUACAUUACAUGGUUUUGAGUACUAUUGGGGGCAACUUAUAAGUUUUCCUAAUACAAGGUUGUAUUUUGAACGUUACCUUUAUGAACGUUGGUUUUCUGAAGUAUUGAGGAGCAAAAACGAAAGCAAUUUGAAGAAUAGAAAUGGUGUACUCCUUCUUCAACAAAUUCAUUCUACAGUUGAAGAGGUCGAGUCACUUAUCAUUUGUGAAUCAUCACAAAGUAAAGACAUGGAUAGUGAACUUGAUGCUGUUAAUUUAUCAGCCAAAUGUCUUCUGGAUUGCUUAGAAUGA